AUGAAGCCAACACCGGACUGGGUAAAGCAGCUGAAGCCUUCGGGCAUUCAAGGCCACGAAUUGCUCAAGGCUGAACGCGAAAACUCCAAUGUACCCGUCCAGGAGCUAGAAGUCCUCCUACACACGCAAGAUGUCAUCGACAGGAGGAACAAGAUCCUUGACAUUCUCAAGUCAGAGAAGGUCUUCGACAAGUCGCAGAACUACUUCAUGGGAAGGAUCGACAGAUUCGAGAGGGCGCUUGCAAGGGAGAAGAGACUCAGAAUCUUGAAGAAGCAACACAACUGGUCUUUUGACGAGUUCCGGACUGCUACAGAACUUGUUGGUGAACCCGGACCAUACGGACUCCACGACUCUAUGUUUAAGGUUACACUUGAAGGUCAGGGUACGCCGGAGCAGCAGGAAAAGUGGCUCACCAAGGCCAACAACUACGAGAUCAUCGGAUGUUAUGCUCAGACUGAGCUUGGCCAUGGUUCUAACGUUCGAGGACUUGAAACAACCGCCACCUGGAACAAGGAGGACAAGACCUUCACCAUCCACUCCCCACAUCUGACCGCCAGCAAAUGGUGGAUUGGAUCCCUAGGUCGCACAGCUAACCACGCGGUCGUCAUGGCUCAGCUCAUCAUUGAUGGCAAAUCAUACGGGCCGUCUCCCUUCUGCGUCCAGAUCCGUGAUCUGAAGACACACGAGCCGCUCGACAACAUUCACAUCGGAGACAUCGGUCCCAAGUUCGGUUACAACACCAUGGACAACGGUUUCCUUCUGUUCAAUCACGUCAAGAUUCCCCACAUCAGCAUGCUGGCUCGUUACACAUUCGUUGACCCCAACACGAACAAGUUUGGACGCCGUGGCGCGCCUUCCCUCGUCUAUGGAACUCUCACUUGGGUUCGAUCGACCAUCGUCAUGCAAGCCGGUAGUGUGCUCGCUCGGGGUGUUACCAUCGCAACCCGUUACUGCGCUGUGCGACGGCAAUUCCAGGACCGAGAUGCUCCCGCUGGUGAGGCUGAGACUGCUGUUCUGAACUACACUAUGGUGCAGAUUCGGUUGCUUCCUCUUCUCGCCGCUACCUUUGCUUUACAUUUCACCGGAAAGUCGAUGAUGGACAUGUACCAGGAGAACCAGAAGAGGAUCGCCCAGGGCAACGCUACCAAUGCACCAAGCAAGCGUGGAGCUGGGCCAGAGGAGGUGCAAUCAGGCAGCGAUAUGUUGGCAGACCUGCACGCGUCUUCAUGCGCAUUGAAGUCGCUUAGCAGUUCGAUCGCAGCGGAGGGUCUCGAGGUCUGCCGACGAGCCUGUGGUGGUCACGGCUACUCAAGCUUCAGCGGUAUCGGGCCGUGGUACUCUGACUACCUGCCCACUACCACAUGGGAGGGUGACAACUACAUGUUGACCCAGCAAGUUGCGCGAUACAUGCUCAAGUCCGCCCGUUCCGUACUCAAGGGAGAAAAGCCGACGAACGACACAACUCAGAUCCUUUCUCAAUUCCAUGCACGCCGCGACAUUGGCUGCGCAUUCGACGUUAUUGGCGACGACGACGACCUCGUCAACGCCUUCGCUUGGCGCGUCUCGUUCCUCACCUUCGAAGCCAGCAAGCACCGCGACGAGCAGAAGAAGCCCUGGAACGACCUGCUCGUCGACUUCUACCGCCUCAGCAAGGCCCACGCACAGUACAUGGUCGUAAAGAACAACCUGUCUGCGCUCAGGAACAUCGCAAAGGCAGGCAACGUUGACAAGAACAUUGUCGACGUGCUGAUGAAGCUGUUCCGUCUCUUCGCUCUGCACACACUUGAGCAAGAAGGCUCCGAAUUCUACGCUUCAGGCGCAUGCAGCAAGCACCAGAUUUCGCUCGCGAGGACCAACACUGUCAUGAACCUGCUCAAGGAAAUCCGCCCACACGCUGUCAGGCUUGUGGAUGCCUGGGGUUUCGAUGACUGGGUCUUGGACAGCAGUUUGGGUCGCGCAGACGGCAAGGUCUACGAGGAUAUGUUCUACAGGGCUAGCGAACUCAACCCGCUCAACAACUACACCGUUGAUCCGUAUCCGGAUAGCGAUGUCUUGUUCAAGCGCAUCGAGAAGAGCAAGUUGUAG